AUGUACACAAAACUUCCGUUGCUAAGAGGUAGGUCGAGCCCAAUCAGAUUCGAGUUUUUCAGAUCUAGAGUGUCUCACAUUCAGAAAACAUACAUUAGCAGUAGUGCAGAACGGACAAUGUCUAUCGAUAUUAGCGAACUUCAAAAAUGGAACGAUGAGUUCCAAAAGGAUAUUGGGCACGGUUUGGCGUGUACGGUUCUAAAGAAUUACAAUGCGGAUGAGGUUUUGUUGGAUAGAUCACGUUUGCUUGAAUUCCAAUCCAGGGUUUUCAACGUUAGUGUUUCAGGAGAGGUUGGACCUGUUACCAACCAGCGUUCUUCUGGGAGAUGUUGGUUGUUUGCUGGGUUGAACGAGUUGAGGUUGAAUGUUGCUCGUGAGUUGAAUUUAAAGGAGUUGGAGUUGUCGCAAGCUUAUUUGUUUUUUUACGAUAAGCUUGAGAAGGCGAAUUACUUUUUGGACCAGAUCGUGGACACCAAGGAUGAAAGUGUUGAUUCCAGAUUGGUUCAGUAUUUCUUGUCCAAUCCUAUUAACGAUGGUGGGCAAUAUAGUAUGUUUAUUAACUUGAUUAACAAGUAUGGGGUUCUUCCUAAGGAUUUGUACGCUGAUUUGCCAUAUUCUACCACUGCUUCUUCAAAGUGGAAUUCUUUGUUAUCCACAAAGCUCAGAGAGUUUGCCCAGGUGUUGAGGGAAGCCAUUGGCAGAGGCGAGGAUGUGACGGCAAUGAGGGUUUCUAUGCAGAAGGAGAUUGUUAAGAUCAUGACGUUAUUCAUGGACUUGCCCACUGUGAAGCCUGAUGAAGAAUUUGUUUGGGAUUAUGUUGACAAGGAUAACAAGGCUCACACAUUGCGCACGACUCCUUUGCAAUUUGCCAAGAAGUAUGCUGGUUUGGAUACUUCCAAACCAGUAUCCUUGAUCAACGAUCCUAGACAUCCUUAUGGUAAAUUGAUUAAGAUUGACAGGCUCGGCAAUAUUUUAGGUGGGGAAGGCGUUCUAUACUUAAACGUCGAUAACGAGACCCUAUCAAACUUAGUUAUUCAGCGUUUGAAGGCCAAUAAAGCUGUAUUCUUUGGCUCUCAUACUCCAAAAUUUAUGAGCAAGCAGCACGGUGUUUUGGACACUGAAUUGUGGAACUACAAUGCUGUCGGUUACAAAUUCAACCAAUCUAAGGAGGCACGUAUUACCUAUGCUGAGAGUAUGAUGACGCACGCUAUGUUGAUUACCGGUGUUCACAUUGAUGACGCUACUAACAAGCCAGUGCGUUACAAGAUUGAAAACUCAUGGGGAAAGGAUGUGGGUAAAGAUGGCUACUUUUCUAUGACCCAAAAGUACUUCGAAGAAUAUUGUUUCCAAAUUGUUGUAGACAGAGAUGAGUUACCUGAAGAUUUGGCCAACAAGUUUACUUCCGGAGACGAGACUCCAAUUACUUUGCCAAUUUGGGAUCCAAUGGGUGCGUUGGCUUCAAAUUAG